AUGUAUGCAUUGCCUACUAGUGUUGACCGUGCCUGUUACCUGUGCGUCCCGCCUGACCCUGGUAUAGCGCCUGCUGCUCCCGGUACUGGUGAGGCUGCUGCUCUAGGUGCUCGUGCGUCUCCUCCUCUGGGUGCUGGUGAGGCUGCUGCUCUAGGUGCCGGUACGUCUCCUGCUCCAGGUGCUGGUGAGUCUGCUCUCUCUGGUUCUGCGCCUGCUGCGGCCUUGUACACCUUCACGCUUGACUCAGCCCGCGUCCGUGGACAGGGCCACGAGCGGUACUUCCUGCUGGUUGUUGACGACUACACGCGUUACACCACGGUCUUUCCCCUGCGCAGCAAGGGGGAGGUCCCUGCUGUUUUGAUCCCUUGGAUCCGCGCUGCCCGUCUCCAGCUCCGCGAGCGGUUCGGGACGGAGUUUCCCGUCCUGCGUCUGCACUCUGACAGAGGUGGUGAGUUCUCCUCCGACCUCUUGGCAGCCUUCUGUGCGGAGCACGGCAUCACCCAGUCGUUCACGCUUCCGGCCUCUCCGCAGCAGAAUGGGGUUGCUGAGCGCCGCAUUGGCUUAGUCAUGGAGGUCGCUCGUACCUCCAUGAUCCAUGCGGCUGCCCCCCAUUUUCUGUGGCCGUUUGCGGUCCGGUACGCCGCGCAUCAGCUCAACCUCUGGCCCCGUGUCUCCUUGCCGGAGACCUCGCCCACGCUGCUGUGGACGGGGAAGGUUGGCGAUGCGUCGCGUUUCCGGGUCUGGGGUGCUCGUGCCUUUGUCCGCGAUACCACCGCGGACAAGCUCUCCGCCCGUGCUGUUUUCUGUGUCUUCCUUGGCUUUGUCCCUGACGCGCCUGGUUGGCAGUUUUACCACCCCACCUCGCGCCGUGUCUUUGCGUCUCAGGACGUCACGUUCGAUGAGUCGGUUCCCUUUUACCGUCUCUUCCCCUACCGCACUGCCCCUCUCCCUCCCCCGCCGCUCUUCCUCGCUCCAGGUGCUCCCCAGGUAGACCCCCUCCCCGCUCCCGGUCCUGCUCCUUCAGGUGUGUCUCAGGUAGACCCUCCUCCCUUCCCUGCGCCGGUCGAGGUCACUGGUGACUCAGGUCCUACUGGGGGUGGUCCUGCUCGGGGUGCUGCUUCUGGGGGUGCUGAGCCUGGGGGUGCGGAGCUUGAGAGUGUGGAGCCUGGAGGUGCUGAGCCUGCGUGUGAGGGGUCUGGAGGUGCUGGAGCUGGUGGUUCUGGGGCUGCUGAGGGUGCGGGCGCUGGAGGUUCUGGAGCUGCUGGAGGUCCUGGUGCUGGUGGCGCUGGAGCUGGUGGUUCUGGGGCUGCUGAGGGUGCGAGCGCUGGAGGUUCUGGAGCUGCUGGAGGUCCUGGUGCUGGUGGCGCUGGAGCUGCUGAGGGUGCUGGCGCUGGAGGUUCAGAGUCUGCUGUUGCGCGGUCUCCUUGGAGUAGCUGCCUUCGUCCACGUGUGCCUCUCACCUCGCAGCAGCUGCACGACUGGAGUGGUGCUGGUACUUUGUCUACUGGAGGUGCUGGAGUCGCUGGUCCCGGAGGUGCUCGUACUGGAGGUACUGGAGCUGCUGGGGCUGGGGGUGCUGCGUCUGGAGGUGCUGCUGCUGGAGACACCGAGGCUGGAGACCCUGGGACUGGAGGUGCUGGUUCUGGGGGUGCUGCUGCUGGCGGCACUGAGGUUGGAGACCCUGGGCCUGGAGGUGUCGGUUCUGGGGCUGGAGCUUCUGGAGCUGCUGGAGGUGCUGGAGCUGCUGGAGGUACUGGAGCUGCUGGAGCUGCCGACAGGUAG